CAAGCGGUUCUUUAUGGUAGAAUGAAUUAAAACGCGGAUAGAAAGACAUAUUGUUCUCAGAUGUCAAAAUUAUGAAAACCCGAGAACUGCGUAGCAAUGAUAUGUGCUGCAUGAUAGCCAUGUAACUUAGGUAGGGUUAGCUCGCUAGCUAGUUGGCUAAGUUAGUCAGCAGGACAACGUUAUUUGCAAGUGAGCAGGCUAGCCAACUUAAUGCGAAUAAACAAGGAAUUUAACCAGGUUAGGUACCAUGCUGCCAGGCCACAGUCCUGUGGUUCAGGCCCUCUUGGGAACCCUUUUUACUUGGGGGUUGACGGCUGCGGGGUCUGCCGUGGUUUUCAUCUUCUCAGGCAGACAGAAGCACAUCUUGGAUGGCAGCCUGGGCUUCGCAGCAGGGGUAAUGUUGGCCGCUUCCUAUUGGUCCCUGCUGGCCCCUGCGGUUGACAUGGCGGAGGAAUCAGGGAAGUAUGGGCCAUUUGCAUUCCUCCCCGUUGCUGUGGGUUUUGCACUGGGAGCAGCGUUUGUUUACUUUGCAGACCUGAUGAUGCCUUUCCUGGGUGUUGGGGCAGACCCUCAUUUACCCAUGGCCCACGUGCACGACGGCAGACUAAAGGAGAAGAUGGAGGAUCCAGCAAGGCCAGCUGUAGAAGCCCAGGAGCUGUCUAUAAGGAUAGGUAGAGCAGGACGUCCCUCAGAGAAUGGAGAAGUUUACCAAAGAAGAAAAGGAGUCCAUACCAGCCACAUAGAAGGUCCAGAAGCUGAAUUUAGGCCACAGGAAGCAAGCACCCCAUCCCAAAGCAGCUGGAGACGUAUUGUGCUGCUUAUCCUGGCUAUCACAAUACACAACGUUCCCGAGGGCCUCGCUGUGGGUGUUGGCUUCGGAGCUGCUGGGAAGACCUCGUCGGCCACUUUCGAGAGUGCCAGGAACCUGGCCAUAGGCAUAGGCAUCCAGAAUUUCCCAGAGGGCCUAGCAGUGAGUCUGCCACUGUGUGGCUCUGGAAUGUCCACAUGGAGAGCCUUUUGGUAUGGGCAGCUAAGUGGGAUGGUGGAGCCUCUAGCUGGCUUGCUAGGUGGCGUUGCUGUGGUGCUGGCCGAGCCGUUGCUGCCCUACGCACUGGCUUUUGCUGCAGGGGCCAUGGUUUAUGUCGUGGUCGAUGAUAUUGUACCUGAAGCCCAAGUGAGUGGAAAUGGUAAGCUGGCUUCCUGGACCUGUAUCUUUGGGUUCAUUAUUAUGAUGUCACUGGAUGUGGGCCUGGGAUGAAUCCUUUUCUUUGAGGGACUUCUUCAAAAAAGAUCUGGCUAUCGGCAGCACUGGAAACUGGACCAAAAUGAACUGUACUCUCAAAACCAGAAGAAUGCCUUGGUUUUUCUACUGUGUAUUUCAUGCAUUUUGAUGAACUGAUGAAUAUUUCUUUUAAUAUUUCUUUUUGUUUCAGAGAAAGGGGAAAAUUAUUGAGUAGUCACUACAGAAUUAUCUAAUACUUGAAUCAUCACUUGAAUGAAUGAAUGACUUGAAGGAAGGCGGAGUGCAAGUGUAUGUACGCGUGUGUGUGUGUGUGUGUGUUUGACUUUGUGUGUGUGCAUGUGGCUGUAUGUGUUCACACUUGUGUUUUUGUGUACUUCUGUUUGUGCAUUUGUCAUUUUCAGGGUUUGUCUGUCCAUCAUGACAUUCAUGGAAAAUUAAAAUGUGUUCAAUAAAAACUGCAGGCUCUCUGCCUGA